AGUAUUCAGCAGCUGAAUUGGGCGCUAGUUUGGUCUUGCAUGUUGUGUUUCUUCUACAUAAAACACCAUACAAGCACGUUUCUAAUGGAGUUGAAGUGGCAGGAAGUCUUUCGACUUGUGCAACGAGUCAAAAAGGUCUUGUCUCAUAAUCUAUGUACAGUGCUGCAUAUUCCACAUGACCCAGUGGCACUUGAAGAGCAUUUCAGAGAUGACGAUGAUGGACCAGUCUCCAGCCAGGGCUAUAUGCCAUAUCUCAAUAAAUACAUCCUUGAUAAGGUUGAGGAAGGUGCCUUUGUCAAAGAAAACUUUGAUGAACUCUGCUGGACUUUAUCUGCAAAGAAGAACUACAAACAUGAUAAGAAUGGAAACUGUACAAUUUCAGAUCGUGAUGCCUUCAGGCUAUGGUGCCUCUUCAACUUUCUGUCAGAGGACAAGUAUCCAUUGGUGAUGGUUCCUGAUGAGGUGGAAUACCUGCUGAAGAAAAUCUGCACAGAAAUGAAUGUGGAAUGGAAUGCAGUGGAAUUGGACGAUUUCUUCUCCCAGGAGACCUUCCAUCAGAAUGGGAUCACAGUCUGGGUGUUUUUGGAUUGGGUGAAUUCUGGCAGAUUUACCAGGGGAAUUGAAAGAGAAACAAUUACAAUGGCUGUGGAGGAAGUCUAUCAAGAAAUUAUUGAGGAUGUGCUUAAACAGGGUUACUUGUGGAAGAAAGGCCAGUUGAGGCGCAAUUGGACGGAGCGGUGGUUCAUUCUCAAACCAAGUACUCUCUCCUACUUUGUGAGUGAAGAUAGGAAGGAAAGGAAAGGCAGUAUCCCUUUGGACCGGAACUGCUGUAUUGAGGUUCUAUCAGACCGAGAUGGCAAAAGGUGCAUGUUCUGUGUAAAGACCCCAUCAAGAACUUAUGAGAUGAGUGCAUCAGACACAAAACAGCGACAAGAGUGGACAACAGCUAUUCAGACAGCAAUACGGUUACAGGCAGAGGGAAAGAAAUCAUUGCACAAGGACCUAAAACAGAAAAGACGUGAUCAAAGAGAGCUUCGAGAGAAACAAAGAGCAGCAAAAGAGGAAGAGCUUCAGAGACUCAAACAGCUUCAGGAGGAAAAGGAAAGAAAAUUGCAGGAACUGGAAUUACUUAAGGAGGCCCAGCGACAGGCAGAAACACUGCUAGAGGAGGAGAAUCAGCGAAGGAAACAACAGCAUGAAGAAAUGCAAAGGGCACUAGAGAUACAGCUUCGACAAGCUGAACAGGCUCGAGCCAGCAUGCAAGCAGAGAUGGAAUUAAAGGAGGCAGAGGCUGAACGUCAGAAAAAACGGAUUUGUGAACUAGAGGAUAUGCAGAAACGACUAGAAGAGGCUCUUUGUGCUGAAGUAACUGCUCGGCAGGAAGAGGAAGCAAAGAGAUAUGCACAGACUAGAUUGCUGUCUGAGGAGGAAGAGAAGAUGAAAGAACUCAUGCAGCUCAAGGAAGAGCAGGAAGAGCUAAUUAUAAAAACCCAGAGAGAAAAGCAAGAGUUAAAGCAAGAGAUGGAAAAUAAAUCCAGGAUUUUAGAGGAGGCUCAGAAACAACUGGAGGAAGUGCGGGUCAACAGGCAGAGAGCAGACCAGGAUGUGAUGGCUGCACAACGAAAAUUACGCCAAGCAAGCUCACAUGUUAAACACUGGAAUGUCCAGAUGAACAGAUUAAUGCAUCCAAUUGCACCAGGAGACAAACGUCCUAUUGCAGGAGCUAGCAGUGGAUCAACUUAUCGAGGAUCAGGAGGACAGAGGUUGGAGGAGUAAAAUUACCAAGAAGGCCUGAAGAAAUAGGUUAUGCAACUGCUGAAGAGGGUGGAAAAGAGUAUUUCUAUCAAUCAUUGUCAAACUGUCCUUCAAAUACAAACUCAUAAUGGAGGACAUUCUUUAAAUGGGCAGUUGAAAUGAAAUUCAGUGGAAAUAAGAAACCUAUUUCAAAUAUUACCAUUGAGGACCCAGAGUAUACUCCACAGGGAAAACUGUGUUGAACGUGUAUGGGCACCAGGUUUUUCCAGAAUAGUUUUCCAUUGUUUCACAUCACCAAGACACUCUAAAAUAGUUCAGAAUUGCCCAACAUAAAGUAUGAAAGACUGUCGACAAGAAGGAAGUUAGUCAUUAUCUUGAGCUUCUUCUACAGGAAUAACUGAAGUUCCUUCAAUCUCAGAUUCACUGAAGCAAUCGGCAAAUGUUUGCAUUCAAUAGAAAGCACUGCAUAAUGUUUCCUUCCUUCAAGAAAGAACAAGGACUACAAAAUAAGAUUGGGGCAUUAUCGUAUUUACAUUGCUGCACACCAUAUGAUAGUUUGGAGAUUUAAAAAAAAAAUUUUUUAAUGACAAAAACAUCUGUGUUAACAAUGAAUGUCUAGUUUUGAAUGAAUCUCGUCUUGAUUUCUAGAAAAGGCUUAAAUGUAACAUUAACAUCAAAAGUUUGUUUUAAAAAUCUGUCCAUUUUUAUCCAAUUUAUUCCUAUUUUUUAAUAUGGAGGCAUUCCUUGUUAAAUAAAUUAGUUUUCAAUUCAUGUUCCUUAAAAACAAAGCAGCCCUUGGACUUUUGCAAUUACCCAUUCCUAUUGCUCAUGGUUUGAUUUUGGUUUGGGAAGUCUAAAAUAGUGCUUGCUUAAACUUGCCAGUGUGUCAUUUACAAAGUCAGAAUUGACCAAGCAAAUUCAUUUUUAAUCAAACAGUUCAGAUCCAUUGUCAACUGGUUUGAAGCUCUGGGUUCAUAGAAUUGCAUCUGAAUGGUGUUGUAAACGUAAAUGUGAAGAAUGUACAUAUCAAAUGUUUCCUUGAUCGUGUGGUACAAUUGUCCAAUUUUGUACAGAAAAUACAAGUGUAGGAUAAAAGUUCUUUAUGCAAUUCAUAGGUAAUUGACAGCUUUAUUCCUGCAAUGUGCUUUCAAAUGAACAUGUCCUUUUAUUGGGCUACAGUAAGGAAAUAUUUCAAAUCAUCUCAGCACUGCUUUUAUUUUUAUGCUUAAAUUUGUAAAGUAUACAUGCAGUCAUUUUUAAUAAAUACUUUUUAAAAUGCAACCUGUGCAGCAUUUGAACAAACAAAAAGUGCAGGGUACGAAGUGGCCAACUCUAGAAGCAUCUAUUUUAUAAAAAUAGGAUAGAUUUGGAUGCAGACUAAGAUUUGUGGAUAUAAAUGAUGUUUAUAGUUUGUUUAGUGCCUUACUAAGUACAACCAGCAGGAUUCUAUAAUUAAGUUGUUUCCUAAUUCACAGAUUUUCAAAUACUACCUCCUUGUGUCACAUUCCGAUUAUUCAACUAAUUGGUGGCGACAGCUGUUGAAGUUAUAGUCAAAUUCUCAGUUCUAUAUUGUGAAUAAUACAGUAGCUCAGAUCAAGCCUCUUUAUUAUGUUAUUUCUACUGUAAUAAAGUAGUUUACUUAUGUUUCUGUGGAAAGUCAUAGAACUGGAGGGACAGCUGGUGGAUUGCUUGUAAAUUCCAAAACAUUGAUACAUUUUCGUAUUAAUUUUUAUCUCAUUUAUCAUUUCAUUUAAAAUAUUCUCUUGAUUAAAGUAUGUGAAAAGUUUACAAUUUUUAAAUUUGUCUCUUAGGUAUUGGUAUCAUUGUUGGGGAAGCAAAUCUUGAAAAAUGUUAAAACUAAAGCUCUGCUGCAUGUAUGUUUACCUCUAUUGAGAUAGCUUUACUGGUGAAAUUCUUUGGCAGCAGUUAGCUUGGCCUUUGCAGCUAGCUACAUGAUCCGCUUCAGAGUUACAGGGAACUAUCCCUCUUGACCACCAAAGAUUUCUUGACUAUACAAAAUUUAAAUUGCCUAAUUUAGAACUGAUUACAAAUAUGCAUAAGCCUAUUGGAUGCCAAUCAAUGUUUGGCAGCCAAAGGUAAUGAGUUAGGCAAGUUACCAGAACUUGUAAAUCAAUUACCAGUGUUUUGUCUCUGAAUUUCAUGAUCUAAAUUUACUCCGGUUUUGUUAGAAUCAUAACAUAAAUGGCAUGCAGGACCCGAUCCUAACCAUCUGUUCUACAAUAGAACCAAUUUCGGUGAAGACCAACAUCAAACAAGUCGGCGUCAUUGUCCUGAGUUGCUUCACCAUCUUUCUUGCCAUAAUAUUGCACUUUGCCGCCAACAAACUUCUCACAGAGUUUGUUACGAACUAAUGGAAAACUUUCAACCUGUGGUGACUACACUCCAGAACCAAGUUCACCCAAAUCUCAGUACUAAUGCUCCAGUAUGAAGACAACAUCUGUGUUUGGAGGCCACUCCAAGCCAUUAUUGACUUAUUCACAAAGGCAUACGAGAGGAUGGACCUUGCACUCAAUAUCAGCAAGACACAGUUUUCCAUCAAGCUACACCACACUAUCCUCUGACACUAAAAGUUUAGAGUUUGUCCCUGGACCAACUCCCAUAUAUCAGGAGCCACCCCUUGCCAAAGAAAGACAUCAGUGAUGAAAUUCAUUCAAUGUGCUAGCAGGACCUCAAGACCUCUGACACAAAACUCGCAUCUACCGGGUGGCAGUGAUACUCGCUGCCUUUAUGCUUCUGAGACCUGGACUACCUACAGCAGACAUCUCAAGGCACUGGAAGAAUACAGUCCAGUUUCACAAAUGGAGCAAGUUCACUUGGAAAUGUUUGGCAGUGAUCAACUCUGGAUUAAAAUCUAUUUUGGAUUGUAUAGUGCUGAGAAAUGAUGCCAUGGAGUCCAACUUCUUGUUUGAAAACUGUUUCACAUUACAGAACAGAAAGAUUAGAUAGAGCCUAGUUUUUUGUGUGUUACUAAGUACAACCAGUGGGAUUCCAUAAUUAAAAUUUUUUUCCUAAUUCACAGGCAGAUUUCCUGAUACUACCUCGUGUCAAAUUCUGAUUACUCAACUAAUUGGUGGUGAGAACUGUUAAAGUGCUUUUCAGAUCACUCCAUGUUGCACUCCAGCUCAGCUGAAUCAUCUCCAUCUAUAUGUCUCCUUCUUAACCUUUCUGAAACUGACUGCUUCCUGUCACACCUCUCUAAUACUGGAUAGUGCUCUUUAACCAAUAUCCAUAUGCUCUUUGGAACUCCCAUUAACAUACGUCUAAUCAGCUACUCCCCUCUUGGCUUUGGAUUGUGCUUUUAUUGCCUUUCACCUCAAUUAAGGCCUUUCAGUUCUAUUUACCAAUGUCCCCCCCACUGAAACUAGUACUUAUUUUGCAAGCUGUGGAAUGUAACUGCCAUAUUUCUGUAUGUGAAAGUACUGUAAAAUGACAGUGUUUGUCUCUAUUUGUUGAGUAUAGUCUGAGUUUUCAAAUAUAAAUAUAUAUUAUGGCAUGAUUCUGAGGCUGAAGUAAUUGUCAUUGGUUUAGGACAACUGGGAACAUGAAGGA